AUGGCUAACGAUGAAUUCGCCGACACACAGGACCUAUUAAUGGAUGUCGAUAACCUAGACUUUUUGGACGAAGAAGGUAUCAGCAAUGAAAGUGAUGAUGAUAUUAAUCUAACAAUCAAUGUUGACCCUGUCAGCAAUGCACCAAUGGUGAACUUCCCUAUUGAGCAACCCUCGGCCAAAGAAUUACGCUUCAAAUACAACAACGUUUCGUCCCGAAGCCUUGCUUUUGAUAACUCUACGAAAGAUAAUAAACUAUAUCCUGUAAGAUUUCUACAUUUAGAUGAAUCUAAAGAAUUUGCCCAAUAUGUAUCAAAACUUUUUGAGUUGUAUCAGGGAUUAGGAGAACAUCGCAAGAACGAUGUACCGACCAUAGGGCUAAUAAAACAAACUUCAAGACUCGAACACUUCUCGAUAGUUAAUUUAGCAUUUCAUGCCUUGGUUACAGAACUAGAGUUCUACAUUGAAUCCAUCAAAUACACGAAUAAGCUGCAACGAAUUGGAGAUCUUGAGGAAUGUUUGAGCAUACUAAAUUGCUUGAAGACAAUUUACUUUUUAACUGACUCUCCGGAAUACAAACAAGAGGACCUUCUAGAGUCUUUGAUCAAUUGGGUGAACAGAUCAGAUGGUGAACCAAGUGAGCUGGUUAUUCAAAAGAUCUUUGAUGAAACCCUUCUGACGCGAAGAAAAGUCUAUGAACAAUCUGAUUUUUGGGACCUAACGGCACAGCUUCUUUUGAGAGGCUUAUGGUCUCAGAGUAUCCAAUGCAUUCAAAAUUCUCAACUGCUGGAACAUGGAAAUGAAACAGUGGGAGUAUUUGUCACUGAUUUGAUUACAAUCAUUGAGAGUUACCCACUUCAUUCUGAAAAUUUAUUCCGUGAAUGGAAGAAUAGCGUACUCCAAUUAAUGACAAAUUGGGAUGAACAAGAGGUUGAACCUGAAAUCAAGAAGAAUUUGAUGAACAUCUUCAUGAUUUUAAGUGGUUCUAAAAAUAAAAUCUGUGAAUUCUCACAGUAUUGGUACGAAUCGUACUGUGGAUUGAUGUUGUACUAUAUACCAACUUUGGAAUUGAGUCAAGAAUAUGGACAAUUAGCUACUAAACAUAAUGCCAUCGAUGUUUGCAAUAACUGGGAAACGCCGUGUUAUCACAUUAUCAAUGACAAAGUUGCUGAUGUGUUACCGAUUCUUGAAUCCUUAGACCUUGCAACUGCUGCUUUUGUAGCGGUAUUGUGCGAAGCUAAAGGAAUUAUAAAAACUGACUUCUACGAAAUUUUUGCUCAUAAAAGUGGAUUGAACUCAGAACUUGCAUUUGAAAAUGAACCAACCAUUGGAGAAUUUUUAAUUCGCCAAGUUGCUCUUUCUUUAUGCUCGUAUGAUGAUAAAACGCUGUGGCCAGUUUCAGUGGGAUUAAUUUCUUUAUCUUCAGAUUCAGGUGACUCUUCUAAAAGAGCAAUCUUAGCAGAACUAUUACCACACUUUCCAUAUACUACAAAUGAUGAUAUUGAAUGGCUUCUUUCGGUAUGCGCUAAGUGGAGGUUGCCGGAUGUGGCUAAGACUAUUUAUAAGAUCUUGGGACAGGAUACACUAUACCAGAAUAAUAUUGUGGAAGCAAUGAGCAAUUUUAGUAAAGCUGGAGAAUAUGAGUGGGUCAAACAUUAUUCAUGGAUGAUCUUUGAAGCCAGUAUCCUACAAGGGGGGCCAUUGGAUGAUAUUACUAUAAAUUCUAUUGUCAAUGGGGAUACAGACUCUUUCAAUAUUCCGAAAGAUUUGCUAAACAGUAUGGUAACUGACGUAAUGAGACAGACUCUAUCUCCAUAUGCUGUUUUGUAUGAAUUCCACAAACUUGCCGAAAAUAAUGAAACGGAGAAAGCGAUGAACCAUAUGAUUCAAUUGAUUAGUUUCCCAUACAUGCCAGAGCAAUAUUGUAUUUUAUUGCUGGCCAAAUUCUUCUACCCAAUGUUUUUAAAGACAACAGAGACAGCUUUAGAUGAAUCACAGAUUUUUACAAUACUGAAGACUUUGGAAAAAAUCAAGCUAAACGAUUCUUGUGUUGCACUAUAUUCACAAUUAAGGAAUGACGACAACUCGACAUGCAGCAACUUACCUGAAUCUGUUGACUCGUUCAUUCAAGAUGUAAGGAAGACUUUAAAUUAUAAAAUAUGUCAAUCUUUCAUGUAG